CCACACGGCCCCACCCCACCACCCUCGCCCAUGGCCACGCCCCUCCGCGAGGUCUGAGCUGGGUUCCUAGCGCCGGUCGGCGGCCGGUCCACCCACGACGCUCUGAGGUCACCCACUGGGCCGGGCUGAGGGGGGCGGAGGGACGGAGGGAAGAUGGCUGCCGAGGCCGGAUAUUGGCGCCGCCUCCCCCAAUCCUGGAGCCGGCGCAGAUGAGGCGGCUCGGCUGGGUCCGGCGACGCUUGGGAACCGGAGCAGGAGGGACACUGGCGGUGGGGCCUGGCCCUGCUAUAUGCCGGCGCCUCGGCUAGAGUGAGCGGCGGCGGCAGCGCCUCUUUCCGCCGGCUCUUUCCCUGUCGCUGUGAGUCCGAACGGGUGGCGGGCGGCAGAGGCAGCGGGGCCGGGAUGGAGGACGUUAACUCCGACGUGAACGCGGACCAGGAGGUGCGGAAGCUGCAGGAGCUGGUGAAGAUGCUGGAGAAGCAGAACGAGCAGCUGAGGAGCCGCUCCGGGGCCGUGCAGGGCGCCGCCUCCUUCGGGCCCGGCAGCCCAGUUCGGGCCGGCGCGUCCACUCCCUCCUCCGGCACGGCGUCUCCUCGGGGCUUCCCCUUGGGCCUCAGCGCCAAAUCGGGCAGCGGGGCCGGGUCGGGCCCGAGGCGAACGAGUAGCGAGGAGCUGCGGGACGCCACCUCCUUGCUGGCAGCGGGCGAGGGCGGUUUGCUGGACGAGGUGGAGCCGCUGCGGCCCGAGGAGCUGGAGCGCCUGUCAGGCUGGGAGGAGGAGGAGGAGAGCUGGCUAUAUUCAUCACCAAAGAAAAAACUUACACCAAUGCAGAAAUCGGUUAGUCCUUUAGUUUGGUGCAGGCAAGUUUUGGAUUACCCAAGUCCUGAUGUUGAAUGUGCUAAAAAGUCUCUUAUCCACAAACUUGAUCAAACUAUGUCAGCUCUCAAGAGGCAGAAUUUGUAUAACAAUCCUUUCAGCUCCAUCAGUUACACCAGUCCUUACAGCCCAAACGCCAGUAGCCCGUAUAGUAGUGGUUUCAAUUCUCCGUCCUCAACCCCAGUGCGGCCUCCUAUUGUCAAACAGUUAAUACUUCCUGGAAAUUCAGGUAAUUUGAAAAGUUCAUCAGACAGAAAUCCUCCACUCAGUCCUCAGUCCUCUAUAGACAGUGAAUUAAGUGCUUCAGAAUUAGAUGAAGAUUCAAUUGGAUCCAAUUAUAAGCUAAAUGAUGUAACUGAUGUGCAAAUUCUAGCUCGGAUGCAGGAAGAAAGUCUCCGGCAAGAAUAUGCAGCCACAGCGUCUCGGCGCAGUUCUGGUUCAUCUUGCAAUUCUACCAGACGGGGUACUUUUAGUGAUCAGGAACUUGAUGCACAAAGUUUAGAUGAUGAAGAUGACAAUAUGCAUCAUGCAGUAUACCCUGCUGUUAACAGGUUUUCACCAUCACCACGCAAUUCACCUCGACCAUCACCUAAGCAGUCACCCCGAAAUUCACCUCGUUCUCGAUCUCCUGCUCGGGGAAUAGAAUAUAGUAGAGUGUCCCCACAGCCUAUGAUUAGCCGCUUACAGCAACCUCGCCUUUCACUUCAAGGCCAUCCAACAGAUUUACAGACAACCAAUGUUAAAAAUGAAGAAAAACUAAGACGCAGUCUUCCAAACCUGUCCCGAACAUCUAAUACACAAGUUGACUCAGUGAAAAGCAGCAGAAGUGACUCAAAUUUUCAAGUGCCAAAUGGAGGUAUACCUCGCAUGCAACCUCAGGCUUCAGCCAUACCUUCUCCAGGUAAAUUCCGCUCCCCUGCAGCACCAUCUCCUUUGGCUCUCCGGCAACCAGUAAAAGCAUUUAGUAACCAUGGCUCUGGUUCUCCUGGUAGCCAAGAAACAACACAACUCAUGCAAACCACUUCCUCACCUGGGCCUCCCAUGGUUCAGAACACAGUCCCAGCAAAUCCUCCCAGCAAUAUCAACAGCGCUGCUCUAACCAGACCUGCAGGGACAGCUGUGAUGAGAAGUGGCUUGCCCAGACCCAGUGCCCCUUCUGCUGGGGGCAUACCAGUGCCUCGCAGCAAACUUGCACAGCCUGUUCGCAGAUCCUUGCCAGCUCCUAAGACCUAUGGCAGCAUGAAAGAUGACAGUUGGAAAGAUGGCUGUUACUGACCAGCAAAGAAAGGAAUGCAGAAGUCCACAGCUUCAUGGAUGCCCCUUCACCAGGCUAAAAGACAACUUUUAUAUGCAGACUGUUCAGAUAAGACUCGGGAUUUAUAAAAUCCCAGCCCUCUCUGUCUUAAUUAGCACAAAUUGACAGAGAUGAUCAAACAGCACUUUAAUGACAUUUGACAUCAGAUGUGUUUGGUAAUCAUACAAUCACUCUCCAUGGAAUCACUUUUAGUUUUAUUUAAUAGCAACUGAAUUGAUUUUUUAAUAUUUGACAGAGGCCAAUAUCUGGGCAAAAAACUAAUGGAUGCCAAAGAGAAAUGCCCAUCUGUAAAUGAGAGCAUACCUUUGUGCACAAGGUGAAUUCUAGCUAUCCAAAACUUCACGUUCAACCUAAGUUACUGUAUACAUAGUAUCAAUAAAUAUUUGUGUUAAUGAGAACUAA